AGCUGUCACUUUACGUGUAACGAAACUCCUCGAAGUUACGUCUUUGGCGAGCAAAGACGUUCCAAAAAUACUUUUUCCUCAAAAAUAGUCUUUAGUGAGGUUUUAAUUGCUACAAACUAUGUCCCUAAUUAGCAGAAAUAUUAUCCGAACCCUGGUGCAGGGGUCCCAGCUGGCGGGGAAGGGUCUCCACACCACGAGUGCGGUAAACGCCGACAAAAACGUAUGUUACGCGCCACAAUCCAUCAUCUCGCUGCCUGUGAGCAAAGAGGGUCGCAUUAAGUGCACCCUCAUCCCCGGAGAUGGCGUCGGGCCCGAGCUCGUCUACUCCGUACAGGAGGUGUUUAAGUCGGCCGGUAUCCCCGUGGACUUCGAAUCGUUCUUCUUCUCCGAGGUGAACCCCACGCUGAGCGCGCCGCUCGAGGAUGUGGUCAACUCCAUCGCGCGUAACAAGAUCUGUAUUAAGGGUAUCCUGGCCACCCCAGACUUCUCCCACACCGGCGAGCUCCAAACCCUCAACAUGAAGCUGCGUAACGCCCUCGACCUAUACGCCAACGUCGUGCACGUCAAGUCGCUGCCGAACGUCAAUUGCCGCCACAAGGAUGUGGAUUGCAUCAUCAUCAGAGAGCAGACAGAGGGCGAAUACUCCGCCUUGGAGCAUGAGUCCGUGCCUGGAGUGGUCGAGUGCCUCAAAAUCAUCACCGCAGCCAAGUCCGACCGUAUCGCCAAGUUCGCGUUCGACUACGCGGUCAAAAUGGGCCGCAAGAAGGUCACCGCCGUCCACAAGGCCAACAUUAUGAAACUCGGCGACGGCACUUUCCUCAGGAGUUGCGAACAGAUGGCAAAGCUCUACCCCCGCAUCGAGUUCGAGAAAAUGAUCGUGGACAACUGCACGAUGCAGAUGGUGUCCAACCCGAACCAAUUCGACGUGAUGGUGACCCCCAACCUGUAUGGCAACAUUGUGGACAACCUGGCCAGUGGAUUAGUUGGAGGAGCUGGUGUGGUUGCUGGUGCUAGCUACAGCGCGGAGUGCGCUGUGUUUGAACAGGGUGCUCGUCACAUCUUCUCCGGCGCCGUGGGCAAGAACAUCGCCAACCCGUGCGCCAUGCUGCUCUGCUCCGCCAACCUGCUGGCCCACGUCAACCUGCACUCCUACUCCAAGAUGAUCAAGAACGCCAUCAACAAAGUCCUCGUCGACGGUAAGGUGAGGACGAAGGACCUCGGCGGACAGUCCACCACCAAAGACUUCACCUACGCCAUCAUACACAGCCUCACCCAGCCGCAGUAAAUCCAUCUACGUUUCAUGUUUCCCAACUAUUGUCGGAUACAUUCAACCUAACGGUGAUAAAUGGGUUUGGCCGGUUGAUGUUUAUUUACAGAUUUCGCGGGCAUAGGGUUUUCUUGUCAGUCCUACGGAUUCUACGACCUGGACGCUUACCCUUUAAGCAUUCCAUGAGACAAAACUAGAAACAGAGGAAGCCGAUGUUGGCGACAUCUAUAAAAACCUUUGGCAGUUGCCAACCCCAUUGGUACUGAGAAGUGUAAUUAAUGAAAAAUAUUGUGACCACGUGGCUAUUUAAGUAGGUGGUGCUAUACGAAACUACUGUUUGGCAACCUAGUUGCUGUUAUUGCAACAUAUAGACAGGUCCGUACAGCGCCAUCUACUCCAGCUGUCUAAAAUGUGGCUUCAAUAUUUUGCAAUGCUUUACGUCUUAAUAUUAUUUUGUCUGGCUGACACAGGCAAUAAAAUUAGAAAAUUACAUAAUCUAACAUAAAUCGGUAAACACUGUCAAAUAUGAUGCCGGAUAGUAUUUAAUAGUCUAAAUUUAGAAUACAACCAACCGCCUAGAUUUUAAUUUGACAGUGGCCUCCGAAAGGAUUUUACUGUAAUUUCGUGAUUAAAAAUUAGGUACUUCAAGUUUAUAAAAAUUGAAAAUAUACAAAGUGUUGUGUAUGUUGCUUUACUGGGCAUUGUGUCCAAGUAAUAAAUAAUUUGUCGGAAUCGACAGGCAAAAUGACAAUAAUAAUGAUUAUUUGACAAUGUUGGGAAACAACGACCAAAAAGUUUGGCCAAAAUAAAAUCUUUUUCACUUAAAUUAGGUUCAAGUAGUACAAUUUCAUUCGGAUCUAGACGCAAUAAUUGUAAGGAUAAUUUAUUUAUAUUUAUUUAUGAUGUGAUCAGUCGAAUCUAACAGCCGAAUGUCUCCAGUAUUCUCUAAGUAUUGAAAUCAGUUACCAUGUAAAUAAUAGGUAAAUAAAACAAAAUAAAUAUUG